AUGCCCAGAGGCUUGCACCGCCUCUUUUCCUUUCAGUCAACCUGGACCCUCCCUCCACCGCCCGUCAGCGGAACCCUGCGCUUCAGCUGGAGCCCCGCCUCCGAGUUCAGGCCAAGCUCAGUCGCUCUAACGCCCAAUGGACAAGGAAGACGGAAGCUCCGCCCAUGUGCCUUUAUGCGCAGGCGCUCUCGACGCGCACCGCAAGGGAGUGGGAAUAAGGCGCUGUUAUGGAGGAGGCUGCAGCGCCGGGGCGGACCGAGGGGGUCCUUGAAAGGCAAGGAGCGCAGCCAGCUGCAGGUCAGGGAGGCUGAUGACUUCAUACGAGCAAAUGCCACCAACAAGCUGACAGUCAUAGCUGAACAAAUCCAGCAUUUGCAAGAACAAGCCAGGAAGAUACUGGAAAAUGCUCACAGAGAUGCCGACCUGCACCAUGUAGCUUGUAAUAUAGUGAAAAAACCUGGCAACAUUUACUACCUCUAUAAACGGGAGAGUGGUCAGCAGUAUUUUUCCAUCAUUUCUCCGAAGGAAUGGGGGACAAGUUGUCCACAUGACUUCCUUGGUGCCUACAAGCUACAGCAUGACUUGUCCUGGACUCCGUAUGAGGACAUUGAGAAGCAAGAUGCUAAAAUCAGCAUGAUGGACAAGUUGCUAAGCCAGUCAGUGGCCCUGCCUCCAUGCACUGAACCCAACUUCCAGGGACUGACUCACUGAGAGGGGGCUCUGACAAAUAGCUCUCACAGGACCUGGCUGUCACCUCCUUGUUGCCCCCUUGUUGCCUUGAGAAUUGACGGUGUCUGUAGGUGAAUCACAAACUUCUUGGAAAGAGACCCUGUGUGAAUGUAAAUGCGGUCAUUAUGGCUUUUAAUUGGGAUGGUAAUAAUCACUGAGAGUCACUGUCUUUUGGGAUCCUCUCUGGGCCACAGAUACCCAAGUCAGUCACUUUCAGAGUUUUGGCUAAUGUACUUUUCCUUCUUCCUCUCCAUCCCUUCUUCCCUUUAAAGUGUUAGAGAAAGAAGAGUUUCUUCUUUCUGCAAAAAGUUUGGUGGAUCGUUUUCCAAAGA